GUAAUGCUCAGCGAGCUGCCCAAUCAUUUAAUUUUCUGCACAUCUCUUUUUGUUUUAAAGUUUAAGAACAAAGUUUAGCUAUGGCGGCUACUAUUGAAAAUCUAGCAACCGUUUGUCGGUUUUGUUUUUGCAAAAGUGGUUUAAUAUCCCUUUCGGAGGCCUUGCGUACGACCGUCGCUGUCGAGGAUGUGUUGCAUUCCACUGGAAUUAAGAUAUCUGAAAAUGAAGAGCUACCCUACGCCGUUUGUCAUGCCUGCUGCAAAAUCAUAAGGAAUUCUGUCAGUUUUCGCAAUACGUGUUUGAAAAAUGAUAUCAUCCUGAAAAAAGUCCUUUCCGUGAUAGAUGUGGAUAAAAGUACUAGCAAACCCUUUCAGUGUACAGCUCCAAAACGGGGAAACUUGGUGGAAAACGCUGCAGAAAGUAACAUUGAAACAAUUACGCUUGAUGAAUCAGAUUCCGAUGAUUCUCUCCCAUCGCUUUACGGAGAAGCUAUGCAAGAAGCUUGGAAUGCUAAUACAUCAACCGCACAAAGUGAAGAAUGGCUGAUAUCUUCUACUAUCGAAAAGGAACCUGAUCAUCCGCUCAUUGCGGUCUGUGAAGAGAACGAAAAUAAUGCUUCCAACAGUGUGGUGGACCUAGAUGUAUCAGGGAAUCCUAUAUCGAAUGACGAUAAUGAUUCUGAUAGCGCUAUUCCUUCACUUAAUGGUGAAUCAAAAGUUCCUCCAACUAAAAAUGACUCGUUUACCAAAGAUGCGAAUGAAGACAAAGUACAGUGUCAUUUGUGCGGUACAUUUCAGCGCUAUUUCAUUCAGCAUUUGAAACGAGUGCAUCAGAAGAAAAAUAGAUUUUCAUGCCCAUAUUGCCCGAAACAGAUGCUCGAAAGAUAUAUUCUUAAAGAGCACAUCAACACAUGGCACAAAAAGGACAUAAUGUACACGUGUGAGCGCUGUGGUAAAGGAUACACAAAUUAUAGCGGUUACUUCUACCAUAUACAAAACUCGCAUGGAAAGCUUGAUUCGUAUGAGUGUGAAACAUGCCACAAGAAAUGGAAGUCUUAUGAUUCGUACAGAAAACAUAGAAAAAAACAUUUUGUGACUUCUAUCACUUGUAAGGAUUGUGGGAAGAUUUACAAAAACAAUGCAACAUUCGAGCAACAUCAACUUCAAUAUCAUCCUACAUAGUUAUGGAAGAAGAUCGGAUUGUAAAGGCCGAUCACAAGUUAAAUCUACAAAUGCCUCCAGCAUACCUCUUUGAAAAAUGAAAAUAUUGGACCAUGGCAUUAGCAAACAUCCAAUUAGAACUAGUGCAUGUUUGUUAGAAGUAGCUGCAUUGAGAAAUUAAACAAGACAGAAGAAAAACUAGUUUUCAGAAACACCAGGAAAAAUUUGAAGUGACUUUGAAGUUAAAAUGGCUAAAACGAUACAAGUCGUACAAGGAAAGUCGUUCUACUGGUAGACAUCCGAUCCCAAAUAUGAGGCAAAACCAUCCUGUUUAGUUGAUACUCAAUGUUCGCUGCCAACAAGAUAGAUUUUAGUGCCAAAUUAGUAAAGUUUGGAAUCUCAACCAAUUGAGACGAUUCAGCCAAGGACAUAGCUAAACAUAUGCUGAUUCCGUGUUCGUGUCCUCUGUACGCAGUCCGUAUUCAGUUGUAUGCGCACGCUACGUUUUAUUCUUUCAAGUUACAUUUGUCAUUAUUUCUUAACACGAUCAGCUAUUUCUACUAAACUAAACACUCAAAGAUUUUCGAUUUUUCACUAUAGAGCAGUAAGAAUAUUUUAGUGCUUCAUACAAAAAACCCAUCCCAAUUUUUAUCGGAUUUGCCUGGUUUGUUUUCUUCUAAAUGAAGAAAAUUGUUUAACGAGGUGUUCCUAUUAUAUGUUUAUAGAUAACGUUUUAAAUACUUUAUCUUUUCCCACUUUUUAUGUAACUCUGCUAUUUAGAAAGUUCCUCUCUCCAUUAUAAAGGGUUUGAAAACAUUAAAGCAUCGUUUAAAGUAUCCGGCCGGCGCAUUCGGUUUCUCUUAAAUCAUCUGGCUCUUUUUGGAAAACGUGUGCCGAUCCCUGCUAUAGAUGGAUGUUAACUACUAGUGAGGGACUGUGGAACGUUUGCAGCUAU